AAUUUGGUGUUCAUUUAGCAGAACUGACUGUAGAUCCCCAGGGAGCUCUGGCCAUCCGUCAGCUAGCGUCUGUCAUUUUGAAACAGUAUGUGGAAACUCACUGGUGUUCUCAGUCAGAAAAGUUUAGACCUCCAGAGACCACGGAAAGGGCAAAAGUUGCUAUUAGGGAGCUCCUACCCAAUGGGCUGAGAGAAUCGAUCAGCAAAGUGCGCUCCAGUGUGGCUUACGCAGUUUCAGCAAUAGCCCAUUGGGACUGGCCGGAAGCCUGGCCCGAGCUUUUCAAUCUCUUGAUGGAGAUGCUGGUUAGUGGAGAUGUGAAUGCAGUGCAUGGAGCCAUGAGAGUGCUUACAGAGUUUACGCGGGAAGUGACAGACACGCAGAUGCCACUUGUUGCUCCCGUCAUUCUUCCAGAGAUGUACAAAAUUUUCACAAUGGCAGAGGUGUAUGGUAUUCGCACAAGGUCGCGUGCGGUGGAGAUUUUUACCACGUGUGCUCAUAUGAUCUGUAACAUGGAGGAACUGGAAAAGGGUGCAGCCAAAGUCCUGAUUUUUCCUGUGGUGCAGCAGUUCACGGAGGCCUUUGUUCAGGCCCUGCAAAUGCCUGAUGGACCUACAUCAGACAGUGGGUUUAAGAUGGAAGUCUUAAAGGCUGUGACAGCACUUGUGAAAAACUAUCCGAAGCACAUGGUUUCGUCAAUGCAGCAGAUCCUGCCCAUUGUCUGGAAUACCCUUACAGAAAGUGCCGCCUUUUAUGUGAGAACAGAAGUAAAUUACACAGAAGAGGUGGAGGACCCUGUGGAUUCUGAUGGUGAAGUACUGGGCUUUGAAAAUCUAGUGUUCAGCAUAUUUGAAUUUGUUCAUGCCUUGUUGGAGAACAACAAAUUUAAGAGCACAGUGAAGAAGGCUUUGCCAGAGCUGAUCUAUUACAUCCUCCUUUAUAUGCAGAUCACAGAGGAGCAGAUAAAAGUUUGGACCGCAAAUCCACAACAAUUUGUGGAGGAUGAAGAUGAUGAUACGUUCUCCUAUACUGUGAGGAUUGCUGCACAGGAUCUGUUGCUGGCUGUGGCUGCUGAUUUCCAGAAUGAGAGUGCAUCUGCUUUGGCUGCAGCAGCUACAAGACAUUUACAAGAAGCUGAGCAGGCUAAAAACAACGGUGCUGAGCACUGGUGGAAAAUACAUGAAGCUUGUAUGCUGGCCCUGGGCUCUGUGAAGUCUAUUAUUACGGACAGUGUGAAGAAUGGUAGAAUACAUUUUGAUAUGCAUGGCUUCCUGACAAAUGUUGUUCUUGCAGACCUCAACCUUUCAGUGUCCCCUUUUCUCCUGGGUCGUGCUCUGUGGGCCGCCAGCCGUUUUACAGUGGCUAUGUCUCCAGAACUAAUCCAGCAGUUCCUGCAAGCUACUGUCAGUGGUCUGCAUGAAACCCAGCCUCCUUCUGUCCGAAUCUCUGCAGUCAGAGCUAUCUGGGGCUACUGUGACCAGCUGAAGAUCUCUGAGAGCACCCAUGUGUUGCAGCCUUUCCUUCCUAGCAUUCUUGAUGGACUGAUCCACUUGGCAACUCAGUUCAGUUCGGAGGUCCUGAACCUCGUGAUGGAGACGCUGUGCAUUGUCUGUACGGUAGACCCAGCAUUUACAGCAAGUGUGGAGAACAAAAUCUGCCCCUUCACAAUUGCAAUAUUUUUGAAGUACAGUAACGAUCCUGUUGUUGCUUCUCUUGCCCAAGAUAUCUUUAAGGAGCUAGCUCAGAUAGAAGCCUGCCAGGGUCCAAUGCAGAUGAGGCUAAUACCAACUCUUGUCAGCAUCAUGCAGGCCCCUGCUGACAAGAUCCCAGCAGGGCUUUGUGCAACUUCUAUUGAUAUAUUGACCACAGUUGUGAGGAAUACAAAACCUCCUCUGUCCCAGCUCCUGAUCUGCCAAGCAUUCCCUGCAGUGGCUCAGUGCAGCUUGAACACAGAUGACAAUGCUACUAUGCAGGUUGAAGAUUCUCCUUCGCUCUCCUUUUGCUACUAA